AUGGAACUGCAGGAAUUCGCCGAUGUUGUCCUCGACUGUGAUAUACUAACAAAAAAAGAGUCAUUCGACUUGGUGAAGUAUUUUAGCUCUGUGUUGAAGUUUCCGACGGGGUUUUCCGAGGCCACAAGACCUGGUUCUCUUCAACUAAUAAAAAUGAGCCGGUUUGGAUCAAUAACAAACGAUAUAAGAUGGCAUUAUGGUGGAGGCUGGAGAAAUUCAAUAGUAGUCUCGGUUGACAAAACGAUUAAAUUGCAUGCAGUGCGGCUAUUUGGAAGUCAAAACAAAGAAUAUUUAGUGACACUUAAGGUAACUGAUUCCAAUGGUGUUACUCUGGCAACCAAAUCAGGCAUAUUUAUGUCUAAACUUAUACAAUGUGAGAUAGGGGACUAUCAAGGGUUUGAUAUAGUGUUUGAGACUCCAGUUGCUUUACAAGCGGGCAUCCAGUAUUCUUUGGAAGCUUCCAUCAGUCGCUCAGCCUCCGGGUAUGGACAGAUUGGCUUUGCUCGUGUAGAUCAUGCUGGAGUAACGUUUUACUUUGCGAAGAAGGCUGGAUCAGAUACGACUGUUUCAAAAGGGCAGUUUCCUGAAUUAGUAUUCACUGUGUGCUAA